ACCGACGCUUGAUUGACUUUGACUUUCAUCCGGUAUGGCAACACCCGUGCGGGGCGCGCCAGUCGCCCGCAGCGCGCGCGCCAGCAGCACGCAUCAUGGCCGCCAACGGCUCCGCGCCCCCCGCGCCCCGGCUCUGCCACGUGAGGAAGGUCCCCGACUUCGACGGCUACGGGUUCAAUCUACACGCAGAAAAAGGAAAACCAGGACAGUACAUAGGCAAAGUCGAUGAAGGAUCACCUGCAGAAGUCGCCGGCCUCAAGCGCGGCGACAGAAUCCUUGAAGUCAACGGCAAUAGCAUCGCCGGCGAGAGCCACAAACAAGUCGUCCAACGCAUCAAAGAACGACCAGACGACGCUGAGCUGCUAGUAUCUGCCCCCGCCCCGGGGGAUAGUCUACCGGACUUGGACGCACCCCCUACAGCCCCCGUGAAAACCCCCUCUCCACCCCCCGCUGAUAACAACCCCGCGCCGUUAAACCUGCAUAUGACGGCCGCGGAGAUGCGCGCCCAUCUCGCCAACAAAAAAAAGUUCGACCCCAAAAAAGUGCCAAUGGACUUAAAGGACAAAUUCGACCUCGUGAAAAAGCUGUGAGCGCGCGCCGUUGCCAGCUCGCCACAAAUUGCCAUGGUCUUGAUAAGGUUGUAUAUAGCCUCUAGUAUAAUUCCCGUGCCUGUUGCACUUGCACGGAGCAUUGGAUUGACUUGAUUACCUAAAUGUGUAGUUAAUGUAAUUUAUUUAAGUGCAAUUUAUUGUUGAAGGAUGAAUAAAUAUAACAGUUGUGAAGUA